UGCCGUAGAAGCCGGAGGAUCUGAAAAUGCUGGACGCGGAACCCAGCUGCCAGAGGGAGGGAGGAAGGAAGGGGAUACGGUGUGAAGACCUUGCUGUCUGUGUGAGGAGGAGUUACUAAUCCUGGGGCGGCCAGGCUGGUCUGUGGUCGGUCGGCGUUCCGGAGACUCAUGGGGAAGUAAACUCUUCACCCUAGAGGGAGGAGAGAGAAUGUCUUUUCGAGGCGGAGGUCGUGGAGGCUUUAAUCGAGGUGGUGGAAGUGGCGGCUUCAACCGUGGCAGCAGCAGCAACCACUUCCGAGGUGGAGGCGGAGGCGGUGGCGGAGGCGGCGGCAAUUUCAGAGGCGGCGGCAGGGGAGGAUUUGGCCGAGGGGGUGGCCGCGGAGGCUUUAACAAAGGCCAAGAUCAAGGACCUCCAGAACGUGUAGUCUUGUUAGGAGAGUUCCUCCAUCCCUGUGAAGAUGACAUAGUUUGUAAAUGUACCACAGAUGAAAAUAAAGUGCCUUAUUUCAAUGCUCCUGUUUACUUAGAAAACAAAGAACAAAUUGGAAAAGUGGAUGAAAUAUUUGGACAACUUAGAGAUUUUUAUUUUUCAGUUAAAUUGUCAGAAAAUAUGAAGGCUUCAUCCUUUAAAAAACUGCAGAAGUUUUAUAUAGACCCAUAUAAGCUGCUGCCACUGCAGAGGUUUUUACCUCGACCUCCAGGUGAGAAAGGACCUCCAAGAGGUGGUGGCAGGGGAGGCCGAGGAGGAGGACGAGGAGGAGGUGGCAGAGGUGGUGGCAGAGGUGGUGGUUUUAGAGGUGGAAGAGGAGGUGGAGGUGGGGGCUUCCGAGGAGGAAGAGGGGGAGGUGGUUUCAGAGGGAGAGGACAUUAAGUGAAAUGGUUGACAGACAUCACCAGUUGACUUCUGCAUAAACCUGUGUCAUCUGUUUCUACUGUGGAUUGGAAACUUGUUUCUUGAGCAAGUCUUGAAGAUCUUGGUCGUUUUAUGACAAUGGAUCUAAAAUGUCAGCAUUAUGCCAAGUACAACGGAAUAGUGAAUUUUGCUCUAAAAGAGCAUGAACAAAUCUUUUUAAUGUUUUGUAUAGUGCCUGGCACUCUGUGGGUGCUUAAUAAAUGGACAGGAGUUUUCAUUUGAAGCAUAUUUGAAUUUUUAAAAUAAAGUGUUUAUUCCCUUA